AUGGAGGACGACGAACUGCAAGCUAUCCGUGCGGCGCGCAUGGCCGAACUUCGAGGCUCCGCCUCUGGCGGUGCCUCUUCUGGCGGCCCCUCCGCUCCCAGUGGUUUGGGAGGAAACGCCGGAGCAGCUGGUGGCAAGGGACAGGAAGACCAAGCGGCUCAGCAGGAGGAAAUGAAGCGUCAGAUGCUCAGUCGUAUCCUCGAUACAGACGCCCGUGAACGUCUGUCGAGGAUCGGAUUGGUCAAGCCACAGAAGGCGAGACAGAUCACAGACCUACUCAUACGAAUGGCCCAACAGGGUCAGAUUAGGGGCAGAAUCACAGAGGAUCAACUCAUCGGUCUCCUCGACCAGGUGGACCAGGCUUCGAGCGGAGACGCUGGAAAGAUCACCUUCACACGAAAAAAGACCGUCCAGGACGACGACGAUAGCGACUUUGACUUGUAG